AUGUCGGUAGCUGAUGUUGUUACUCAAAUUAAUCGUUAUUUCGCUUCGAGCAUUUUCAUUUUCGGUUGUGUGGGAAAUAUUUUGAAUAUUCUCGUUUUAUCACAACGAACACUUCGGUCAAAUUCAUGUGCAUCGUUAUUUCUUGGUUCAUCCAUCGCUGGCCUGUGCUCACUUAUUGCUGGACUCACACCUCGAAUGUUAAAUGGUAUUGCUGUUGAUCUUUCCGAAACAAAUCAACUCUUAUGUAAAUUUCGUGGUUUUACAUUAUUCACAUCUCGUGCGAUCGCAUUCUGGUUGAUUAUGUUAGCCACUGUUGACCGAUGGCUUUUAUCUUGUCCUGAUGCACACCGUCGACAGUUUAGCACUAUAAAGAAUUCGAUUCGAAAUACAGCCGUUGUUGUGUUUCUUUCAAUUAUAAUUCACUCAGAAUGUUUCUAUUGUUACAGUUCAAAUCUUGUAAACGCUCCAAGCAAAUGUUUUAGUAAUGGAAUAGGUUGUCGUUUGACAAAUGAUAUGUUAUUUGCUGUUUGUGCUAUUCUCAUACCUCUAUGUGUAAUGACAACUUUUGGGUUUUUGACACUUGGAAAUAUUCGUCGAGCUCGAAAUCGAGUUCAUUCGGGUCAAAUCUCAGCUAUGAGCCAAAUUAAAAUUACUGUUGCUGUGCGCUCGAAAAGAUUGAAGAAAACGGAUCAUCGUCUUGUAACCAUGCUUUUAGUGCAAGUAGUGCUACUUGCUAUGUUUACCAUUCCGUCGUCAAUUGAAAAAUUUUAUUCAACAUUAACAGCGAAUGUUGUUAAAUCCGCGUCCCGCGCAGUAACGGAGAAUUUGAUUUAUAAUUCUGCUCUUCUAUUAACAUAUCUAGCAAAUGGAAUGCCGUUUUAUGUAUAUACUCUCAGUGGUGGAAGUGUUUUUCGAAAGGCAUUUUUUGAUUUGAUACGUACAACUAUCCGAAAAGUGAUUGGACGUUAA